CACACAAAAUUCUUCCAUUCUCAUUACUACUAUAUGCUUAAUUCUGAUAACAUGGUAUCAGAGAAUUAGGAAAGAUUUAGUUCCUUUUUCUUUUAAAUUUCAGCUUAGUUUUUCAGACUGGGUUCUUUCUCAAAGAAACCUGAUUUCAGCUCAGACUCUCCAGAACCUCUAGGCACCAUUCUGUCUCCCAGAAACUCACUCCAGGACAGAUUUUUUUUUUAUUUAGCCCCCCUCUAUUCAGAACCUUUGUGCAGACCAUAUUCCCCAUCUGUGCCAGGUGCUCGCAGUCUGCAGUUCCAAAUCAGCACCCAAGUCAGACGUGCCUCUGGAUUUUUAUUCCAGCCCAAAACGGGCUGCUGUAAGUUUUCAUUAAAUUAAAUAUCUCAAUUUUGAAUUUUAUUACAGUUUCAAAAAAAAAAAAAAAAAAAGAAAAAGAAAAAAAAAAAAUGCCUGGUUCUGACACCUCCACUGUAACACAAAGUCAGCCUUUGAUAGUUUCUGAAGUUAUUCCCAUUAAUUUUAAAAUUACUGAGAAUAAACUUUGUGGCUCUAAUUAUCUUGAAUGGAGUAAAACUAUCAAACGCUAUUUAAGGAGCAUUGAUAAAUAUACUCACUUAGUUGAUGACCCGCCAAAGGAGGAGGUUGAUAGAGUUGCUAAUACUGCCUGGCUUCGUGACGAUUCUAGAUUAUUUAUCCAAAUUCAAAACUCAAUGGAGAAUGAGGUAAUGGGGUAUGUUAGUCAUUGCGAUACUGUGAAAGAAUUGUUUGAUUAUUUGGAAUUUAUGUACUCUGGAAAAGGUAAUCUUAACCACAUCUAUGAGGUGUGCAAAGCCUUUUACAGAGCGGAAAUGAAAGAUAAGCCUCUCACGGCUUAUUUUAUGGAUUUCAAGAAAACCUAUGAAGAGCUGAAUACAUUAAUGCCAUUUAGUCCUGAUAUCAAAGUGCAGCAAAAACAAAGAGAACAAAUGGCAGUGAUGAGUUUUUUGGCUGGUCUAACAUCUGAAUUUGAAACAGCCAAAUCACAUAUCUUAUCUAGUGAUGAGGUCUCUUCUCUUCAAGAAUCUUUCACUAGAGUGCUUCGCACCGAUACUUCAUCCACGCCAGUAGCACCUCAGUCAAACAGUGCAUUUGUAGGGCAAGUUCCAACGUUUACCCAAGGAGGUGAGAAAUGGCCACGUACUGGUCCAUCUGGCAAAGGCAUAGUAUGCAACUACUGUAAGAAGCCUGGACACUUGAUCAAAGAUUGUAGAAAAUUAAAAUUCAAAAAUCAAGGAAAUCAAGUUGCUCACAUUGCUUCCGCUACAAAGUCUUCUGAUGGAUCAAUCAGUAUGUCUUCUGAGGAAUACGCCAAAUUUCUUUGCUACCAAGAGACUCUAAAGCAUUCAUCUACUCCUAUCUCAGUUGUCGCUAAUUCAGGUAAUCCAAACACAUGUCUUGUUUCUUCAUCCUCAAAAUGGGUCAUCGACUCAGGAGCAACCGAUCAUAUGACAGGAUCUGUUGACGAAUCAGAUUAUUGGUAAAGGAUAUGAGUCGGCUGGUCUCUAUCUUUUGGACACAUCCUUACCUAAAACCAUCUCCUGUCUUGGGGUUGGAUCUGUGUUAGAGGCUCACUAUCGACUAGGACAUCCAUCUCUCCCUUUGUUGAAGAAAAUUCAUCCUCAAUUUAAUAAGGUGUCGUCUUUACAGUGUGAUUCGUGUCAAUUUGCAAAACAUCAUCGUACUAGUUUAAGCCCUCGAGUCAAUAAACGAGCACAUGCUCCUUUUGAACUUGUUCAUUCUGAUGUUUGGGGAGCUUGCCCCGUUGUGUCUAAAAUUGGCUUUAAAUAUUUUGUUACCUUUGUUGAUGAUUACUCUCGUAUGACUUGGAUUUACUUUAUGAAACGGCGUUCUGAGUUGUUUUCUCAUUUUUGUGCCUUUUGUGCUGAAAUAAAAACUCAAUUUAAUGUUCCUGUUCGUGUUUUAAGAGGAGACAAUGCUCAAGAGUAUUUGUCUGCCUCGUUUAAGUUGUAUAUGGCUCAACAUGGCAUAAUUCAUCAAACUUCAUGUGUAGACACGCCUCCUCAAAAUGGUGUGGCUGAACGAAAGAACAGACAUCUUUUAGAAACUGCGCGUGCGCUUCUUUUCCAAAUGAAUGUGCCUAAACAUUUUUGGGCGGAUGCUGUGUCUACCGCAUGUUUUUUGAUCAAUCGAAUGCCAUCUACUGUUUUGGACGGUAAAACUCCGUAUCAGUGCCUAUUUCCAAAUAAUGAACUUUUUCCUAUACCGCCUAAAAUAUUUGGUUGCACUUGUUUUGUUCGCAAUGUUAAUCCUCAUUUAACAAAGUUAGAUCCCAAGUCAUUAAAGUGCAUUUUCUUAGGUUAUUCUCGAGUUCAAAAGGGGUACAGAUGUUUUUGUCCAAGUACAGGUCGAUAUAUUGUUUCGAUUGAUGUCUCAUUUUAUGAGAAUACACCUUAUUCAUCUCCAGAGGCAGAUAUUUGUAGGGAGAAUGAUGAUAUACUCAUUUACACAGUCACCAUACCUGAGUCCACUGCUUCGGAAAUUACUCCACAUCCUACUGUUUCCGACCCCAGGCCUCCAGUACAAUUGGUAUACACACGUCGACACAAAGCACCAGAUCUUCCCCCGCCUGUGAUUCCUUAUCCUGAUAUUGAUCCGAUCUCGACCUCAUGUCCUGAACCAAUAACUGCAUCUCCAGAUCCUGUCUGUACAUUAGAUCUUGACCUCCCGAUAGCACUGCGUAAAGGUACACGAUCUUGUACUCAUCCUAUUUCUUCUUUUGUGUCGUACAGUCAGUUAUCAUCUACCUCAUGCUCUUUUAUUGCCUCCAUUGAUUCUAUUUCUAUUCCCAAAUCUGUUAAAGAAGCUUUGGCUCAUCCGGAAUGGCGUCUUGCCAUGAUAGAAGAAAUGAAUGCUUUGGAUCUUAAUGGUACAUGGGAUUUGGUAUACUUGCCUACAGGGAAGAAAUCUAUUGGAUGUAAGUGGGUCUUUGCUGUGAAGGUCAAUCCAGAUGGAUCUAUUGCUCGGUUGAAAGCUCGAUUAGUUGCGAAGGGUUAUGCUCAAACCUACGGUGUAGAUUAUUCUGACACUUUUUCUCCUGUUGCUAAAUUAACAUCUGUCAGGUUACUUAUUUCACUCGCAGCAACUCAUGGUUGGCACUUGCAUCAGUUAGACAUUAAAAAUGCAUUCUUGCAUGGUGACCUUCAGGAGGAAGUUUAUAUCGAGCAACCUCCAGGGUUUGUUGCUCAGGGGGAGUAUGGGAAAGUUUGUCGACUUCGCAAGUCUCUUUAUGGUUUGAAACAAAGUCCGCGUGCAUGGUUUGGGAAAUUCAGUCAAACAAUUGAACAGUUUGGAAUGAAAAAAGGACAAUCAGAUCACUCUGUCUUUUACAGACAAACGCAAGCAGGUAUCACAUUGCUUGUGGUGUAUGUUGAUGAUAUUGUGAUUACAGGGAGUGAUAAUGCAGGUAUCUUGGCCCUAAAGAAUUUUCUGCACAGCCAAUUCCAGACGAAAGAUCUUGGCUCAUUGAAAUAUUUUUUGGGAAUUGAGGUAACACGAAGUAAGAAAGGCAUAUUUCUAUCUCAACGAAAAUAUGUACUUGACUUACUAGCUGAGACCGGGAAAUUAGGGGCAAAACCAAGUACAACACCCAUGGUUCCCAACGUUCAACUCACUCAAGAAGGCACACCGUUUGAAGACCCAGAAAGAUAUAGAAGACUGGUUGGAAAGCUUAAUUAUCUCGCAGUCACUCGCCCAGAUAUUGCGUAUUCUGUGAGUGUAGUGAGUCAAUACAUGUCAUCCCCAACCAUUGAUCAUUGGGCUGCUGUAGAACACAUAUUAUGUUACUUAAAGGGUGCACCAGGACGAGGUAUUGUUUAUCAAAACCAUGAUCACAUGAGAAUAGAGUGUUUUGCAGAUGCUGAUUGGGCCGGUUCUAAAGAUGAUCGAAGAUCUACAUCUGGUUAUUGCGUCUUUGUUGGUGGUAAUCUUGUAUCUUGGAAGAGUAAGAAACAGAAUGUGGUUUCUCGUUCGAGUGCUGAAUCAGAAUAUCGAGCUAUGGCACAAUCUGCAUGUGAGAUCAUAUGGAUAAGCCAUUUAUUGACUGAACUCGGAUUGAAGACAUCAAUGCCUGCUAAAUUGUGGUGUGAUAACCAAGCUGCUAUACACAUAGCAAACAAUCCCGUAUUUCACGAGAGAACAAAGCAUAUUGAAGUUGAUUGUCAUUUUAUUCGAGAGAAGAUACAAAAAGGAUUGAUCUCUACCGAAUAUGUGAAGACUGGAGAACAACUUGGAGAUUUAUUCACCAAAGCUCUAAAUGGGAUUCGUGUUGAUUACUUAUGUAACAAGUUGGGCAUGAUAAAUAUCUAUGCUCCAACUUGAGGGGGAGUGUGAAAGAAUUAUUGUAUAUAAGAAUAUGCUUUAGGAAUAUACUCUAGACAUUAUUAUAGUAUAGCAUCUUAUGUAGGAAUAUUCUAUAUAAGAAUAUGCUUUAGGAAUAUACUCUAGACAUUAUUAUAGUAUAGCAUCUUAUGUAGGAAUAUUCCUUCUUUGUAACCUAUAUAUAGGGUCUUAACCCUCUUAUAUUAAACACACAAAAUUCUUCCAUUCUCAUUACUACUAUAUGCUUAAUUCUGAUAACAAGCUCAAUAAAUUGAAGUGUGAAUAAAGAGAAGAUGCAAAAGCAAAGGCAAAUCAGUUAAUGUUAUGCCCACAUUUGUCUUUACCCUUCUUACAUGCUUCUUUUCACUGAAAUGAAUCUUGAAAUGAUAAUAAGUCAAGAAGGUUUAUUGAUGAUUUAGACAAACUGACAUGAGGUGAAACAUAUAUAAAAGCAGCCAAGAAUAAGAAAAACAAUACCCAUAUGUCCAUAGUUAUCCUUGAUUUUGGCAAUCACUCAAAUUCUUGUAUACUCCAAUGAGAUCUCCCUUCCUGACAACAAAGAAACUAUCUUUGUCUUUAUUCUAGCAAGAGCGGGACAAGACUUCUUAGAUCGAGUAUUGUUUCACCGAGGCCCUUUAGAUGAAUACAACCUAACGCAAACAUUUUUCAAAAACCAGUUGAAAUUAACACUUCCAACUCCAGCAUUAUUGACACUAGCAUUCCACAGAUAAGCUGAUAAGUUGCAAAAUGAACUAGUCCCUAUCAGAUUUGUAGUGUUUGAUGAUAUAGCAGCAG